CACCCCGCUCUCAUAGGAUAUUAAUUAUUAGAAUAGCGGAGUCAUCACUCAGGCCACCAAAUUGGACUUUUGAACUGGUGAGCUGAGAGAGUGAUGACCGCGUAGAGGCGAAACUAGAGGGAGAACGUUCCGAGACGCGCUAGAGGAAGGUUGUGCUUGAGAUAGUGAGAUGUAGUUUUUAGUAAUGUGAUUGAGGAGUGGAUAUGUUUAGAGAGAGAGAGUAUAGAUGUUUGUUAUGGGAUUUUUUCAAUAGAGUGAGAUUGUUUUGGUGAAUUUGCGUAUUUAUUUAAUAAUAUUAUCCUAUAAAAGUAGCAGGGCCCAGGACCCAAAAAACCUGGUGGUGGCAGCUCUACUGGAGAGCACUGUCAUGCUCGCCACGCACGCCACAAGUGGUGACUUGGCGGUGGGAUCCGAACUCUGAAAACUUUUUAAAAGUAUUUCAACCGUGAAAGAACAGUAAAAAUUGUCUCCGAAAGAUAAUAUUGGUGCCGUGAUAGUUUCAAAGUUCAUUGUUAAGCAUUACUAAAUUUUAAUUCGUUUUUGAAUGUGUGUACGUGAUUGUGUUGAACUCUUGAUUAUGUGUAUUAUGUAUUUCGUUAGUUUGUGAAGAUGAAGAGAACUUUAUUAACUACCAAAUAAUGAUCAGUAUAAAUUUAUUUCUACAUGAAUUCGGACAAAAGGUGAAAUUUCUUCAAUUCAUAGUUCAAUAUAUCAAAUCCGUGCAGUAAUAUUUUCUAAAUAACGUUGACGUCUCAAAAAUGAUGCAGCUAAAAAAAUUAUUAAAUUCAAUUUUAAAGACUGUUGAACAGUGAGUUCGAAAAUUAUUCGGAUGAAAUAUGAAACCGAGCGCGAUUGUUGAACUCUGGAAAGCGGAAGUGUCCUGAGUCAGCAGAACGCGGGCAGCGAACCAGCGAAACGUUGAGGUGGGGAUUGGCAGAGGUGUGACGUGGGCUUCCUCCAACUUUUGGGUGUUGGCGAAUACGUCACCAGGUUCAUCGCUCUUCAGGCUACACGACUCCAUAGAGACUGUCGCUGUCAUUCUACCAGCUGUUCGGCGGAUGACAACUGUAAUAACAUGGAUCUACUACUGGGGCAACGUUUGCGGCAUUCUACAAUGGAGAUGAAGACAUCAAUUAAAUUUGGAAAUAUUCUGGUGUGGACACUUUUGAUCAUCCAAACUACAAAAUGCGAAAGUAUGGAUCAAGGAAUAGCUUUUGAAAAACUACAAGAUACUAUUAUUUCUGAAAACGAAUGGAGGAUUGUGUUAGACUUUGACAUGUCCGAAAUGCAAAGUGAAAUUACGAUUAUGGGAAAUAUGUACGAUAAUUUAUUAGUUUUUAAGAAUAUGAGUAAAAAAGUUUGUGUAGAAAAUGUUGAGUUCGAAUACGAUAGGGUGUACGGUAGUCUUAAGUCAUAUGAAACUGAUGUCAAUGAUUUGUUCAAGCUCUUACCAGAAAGUGAUAGAACUAAACGAGGACUAGUUAAUGCUGGGGGAUACAUGCUUAAAUGGCUCUUUGGAACGCCUACUACUGAUGAUUUGGACCAUGUAAAUUCCAAAGUUGAAGAACUAAAAGAGCUUAAUGGAAUUUUGCUAAGCUCUAGGCAAACACAGCUAACAUUAAUGAAGGACAUGAACUCAAAACUUAUUUUAAAUACUAAGGCAAUCAAUGAGAUAAUGACUAAAUUGUCAAUUGCACAUAAUGAAUUUGUACCUUCAGACGAUAGCAAACUUGCUGAUGAUAUGAUGUCACAGUUUCUCUUCGUUUUAAAGUUCACUACUAUGCUGCGACAUUUAGAUCAAACUAUCGACGAGGCAAAGCUUCGAGUUAUUGAAUUUAGACAAGCAUUAGAAUUAGUAAGUGCAGGAAGAGUUAGUAGUAAACUGUUAGCUCCCCAUGAUUUUGUAAAUAUACUUGGUAAUAUUUCGAAUGUUAUACCACCUCAUCUGAAACUUGUGAUUCCUGUAAAUGAGGAAGAUCUUUUUAUGUACUAUGAUUUAUGUACAGCACAAGCUGUUGCUACCCCAUCAGGGAUAAGAUUAUUUGUUACAGUUCCCUUGAGUUCGAUGGACAGACAAUUCGAAACCUAUAAAGUCGAUGUGAUUCCACUUUAUCAGCCGCAGCUGAAACACUGGCUCAAGUGGAAAGUCGAACAUGAAUAUGUUUUCAUAUCUAAAGAUAGACAAUACUAUGCACCAGUUACACUUGAUACUCUGAAUUUCUGUAGGAAAAGUUUCUUCUAUUUAUGUCAAAAUUCUAUAACUGUAUUGCAUCACACCGUUAAUGGGUGUAUAUUUUCCUUGUUUAUGUCUUCGGAAUCUGCUGUAACCGUAUGUCCUAGAAUACUGGUAAAAAACAUAACAAAUCCAUUUCUAAUUCAAAACGGAAAUGACUGGAUUUACAGCGUUUCAGAGCCGUAUAAGAUAGUUUUAAAUUGUUUCGAAUUAAAUGAAUUAUCGUUCCCCAAACAAGAAAAUUCUGAAGUUAUUUUAUAUCAAUCAGGAAUAAUAAGAAACAUUGCAAAAUGCGACGUUUUUGGGAAAAAUGGUCGAAUAUUUUCAAGAAUAAAGGGCAAUCUCAGAUACCAACGUAACAUAACACAUUUACAUAUACCAAAAAUCACAAAUAUGAUGCUAGAACACGAGAAAGAGAAACUGAUCAAACAAAAUUUAACUUUCGAAACGUUGAAAGAAAUAAGGGAGAGUCUUGCUGAUAGUCACAUCAGCAUUGGUUUAGAAAAACUAUUAAUGUUUGAGCACAAGAAUAGUCUAAGUCUAGUAUUAGGAAAUUCUCAUUUCUUACUUUAUUUAGUGAUAUGUACAAUAAGUAUAAGCUUGAUACUGGUCGUAGUUUUUGUGUUGUCUCGCAGGAGUGCCUUUUGCGAACGGACAGAGAGGCCAGAGCAACAGAGCCACAGGCACACCACCAUCCGAGUUGAAGGAGGCGGUCACCUCGAGAAGAUAAUGCAGGAGACAACAUUCGGCAACGACACUGCCUAAGAGUCAACUCAACAGUUUCAAAAUCGCUGGGUGUUCAAAAGUGACCAAUGUGUGGUGGGGACUAUAAUGAUUAGAAAUUUAAAACUUUAUGUGGGAGAACUUUAUGGUAGCCUAAUGUGUUAAGAUGGACUCUGCUUUGCUCUGUGCCAAUAAUUUAUUGUUUGUAAAAUUAGACUAGAUUCAUCAUUCAAAUGUAUAAGUAUGAUACUCUCUCUCCUUGAAUUUUAUUAUAUAAAUUUUUAAAAUGUAAUGAAUAUGGAAAUGUAUCAACUAUAUUUAACGAUAUUGUCAAGAUUUAAAUUUUAUUUGAUUUCAACUUAGUUUAAAGAUGUGCCAGUAAUUGUAUAUGCCACAUCUUUUUCAUGCGGAGGGGUGAUGUAACAAUUCAAACACCCCGCUCUCAUAGGAUAUUAAUUAUUAGAAUAGCGGAGUCAUCACUCAGGCCACCAAAUUGGACUUUUGAACUGGUGAGCUGAGAGAGUGAUGACCGCGUAGAGGCGAAACUAGAGGGAGAACGUUCCGAGACGCGCUAGAGGAAGGUUGUGCUUGAGAUAGUGAGAUGUAGUUUUUAGUAAUGUGAUUGAGGAGUGGAUAUGUUUAGAGAGAGAGAGUAUAGAUGUUUGUUAUGGGAUUUUUUCAAUAGAGUGAGAUUGUUUUGGUGAA